GACACUAAUACCAGAGUGUGAGAGAACACAGUGUGAGACAUCGAAGCUGUAGUUGACGAAAUCAGAAGAGCAGAAUACCAGAUCGUGGAACUAAAACUAUUCCAACACUAAUAUUGUGAGGAAAAGAAUGGUUUCCAAAAUGAUGACUGUCUUGUCAUUUCUUCUUGGACUCAUUUAUGCAUUUCUUCUGUUUGAAAGGAGUGAUGCUUGGUUAUAUGCAUCUUCUGAAGUGAAUAUGACGUAUGAACAGGCCAGGAAAUAUUGUCAGGAGAGGUACACAGACCUGGUUGCUAUUCAAAACAAGAAUGAAAUCGAGUACCUAAAUAGAACACUAAGAUUCUCCCCAAGUUACUACUGGAUUGGAAUCAGAAAAAUCAAUGGUGUCUGGACCUGGGUGGGAACACAGAAGCCACUGACCAAAGAGGCCAUGAACUGGGCUCCUAAUGAACCCAACAAUAAGCAAAAUAAUGAAGACUGUGUGGAGAUCUAUAUCAAGCGGAAAAAAGAUUCAGGCAUGUGGAAUGAUGAGAGAUGCACCAAAGAGAAGCUGGCCUUGUGUUAUACAGCCUCCUGUACCAGCAACUCCUGCAAUGGCCAUGGGGAGUGUGUGGAGACCAUCAACAAUUUUACUUGCCAGUGCUAUCCAGGAUUCACUGGUUCCCAGUGUGAGCACGUUGUGACCUGUGAAUCUCAGGCCAAUCCUGAGCAUGGUGUCCUGACGUGCAGCCAUCCAGUGGGGUAUUUCAAUUCUUCCUGCUCUGUCAGUUGUGAAGAAGGCUACAUCCCAACCAGUGCUAACUCAGUGCAAUGUACUUCUUCUGGAAAAUGGAGUGGACCGAGCCCUACCUGUAAAGUGGUAGAGUGUGAUGCACUAACAAGUCCUGCUCAUGGAUCCAUGAAUUGCUCCCAAAGCCCUGGAAUCUUUCCAUGGAAUACAACCUGUGUGUUUGACUGCGACUCUGGAUUUGAGCUAACAGGUUCCAAGAGGCUUCAUUGUAACUCAUCUGGGAAGUGGGACAUGGAGAAACCAAUGUGUCAAGCCAUGAAAUGUAAUGCUCCCAGCCAGCUCCCCAAUGGUUCUGUGAACUGUGUCCAUUCCCCCAUUGGAGACUUCACCUACCAGUCCAUCUGUAGUUUCAGUUGUGAGGAAGGCUUUAAGCUUCAAGGAUCUCCCCAGCUUGAGUGCACAGCUCAGGGGCAGUGGACACAGCAAUUCCCAACCUGUGAAGCUAUACAGUGUAAAAUACCUUCCAGACCAGAGAGAGGUUACAUGGAUUGCCUUCCUAGUCUUUCUGGAAGUUUUCAAAGCGGCUCCAGUUGUGAGUUCUCUUGUGAGGAAGGAUUUAUGUUGAAAGGAUCAAAGAGACUCCAGUGUGACUUAACAGGACAAUGGGACAAGGAGGAGCCCGUGUGUGAAGUCAUGAAAUGUGAUGCUGUGAGCCAGCCCCAGAAUGGCUUUAUGAAAUGUGCCCAUUCCCCUACUGGAGACUUCACUUACCAGUCAAUCUGUAGCUUCAGCUGUGAGAAAGGCUUUGAAUUGCAAGGAUCAUCCCAACUUGAGUGCUCAGCUCAGGGGCAGUGGACACAGCAAAUGCCAACCUGUGAAGCCAUGAAAUGUGAUGCUGUGAGCCAGCCCCAGAAUGGCUUUAUGAAAUGUGCCCAUUCCCCUACUGGAGACUUCACUUACCAAUCAAUCUGUAGCUUCAGCUGUGAGGAAGGUUUUGCAUUGCAAGGAUCACCCCAACUUGAGUGUACAGCCCAGGGGCAAUGGACACAACAAAUGCCAACCUGUGAAGUGGUACAAUGCCCUAUCCUGAAAGUCCCUAAGGAGAUCAACAUGACCUGUCAUGGAGAUGGGAAUUUCCUCUAUGGCACAAGAUGUGUUUUUGAAUGCCCUGAGGGAUGGAAACUCAAUGGCUCACAUUCCUUGGCUUGCAAAGCCACAGGAAGCUGGUCUGGGAUGCUACCUUCCUGUGAAGCACCUGAGAAGUCAAACACUUCCAUGGUCGUUGGCCUGGCCACCAGUGGGACCUUCCUCUUGUCGACAGCAUCAUUUCUUCUCUGGCUUAUAAAACGUCUUCGAAACAAAGCAAAGAAAUUUAGUCCUACUAGUAGCUGCCAAAGUCUUGAUUUAGAUGGAGUAUACCAAGCAUCUUCUGAGUUAGUUUAAGUCCAACAGGAUCAGAAACUGAAAAUGCUUCUACCGAUAUGUCCUGGGAAACUACACUUCUCAGCCAUGUGCCUAGCCAGUGGACACAUCUCUUCUCAAGAGGAAAAUCUUCCUUGGAUCACUGGUUUUUCCAAGCCUAAAAAUCAUAACCCUGGUAUCCAUAAGGAUUCUCUGUUGGCCAGGUCUAAGUGACAAGUGACCUGUUUUUCUAGUGGGAAGAGUCAGCUUCAUUUAGCAUAUGCUUCAAAAUAAGAAGAUGGGUGGUCUUAUAAUAGAUUGACCAACUCCUGAGCCAUUGAUAAGCCCUUAUAAAAGAAACAGGAACUGUUGCAUUGGAAUUACAUUCCUAGACAUCUCCAUGCAUGAGCUCAGUGGAGACCCAACUUUGAAUUUUUUUGGUUCUUCACAAAUGGUGUAUUCCCUGAUAGUUUCUAACACUUGCAGAAUAUAGGUGAACAUAUUGUGAGGUAAUGAUAUUUAAGUUGUAAGGUGUCAUGUAAAUAGGAAUAAAUAUUAUACCUUGUCAAAUGUUCAGAAGACCUUCCCCAUCCCAUAGAGAGACAUUCUGAUAAUUAAAUAGUGAAAAUAAAUUCUGUCAUUUCAAAUGCUCCAAGUGAGACAACUUGACAUGAGAACCAUAUUAAUUCCAACUGACCAAUCUGUAUUGGGAUGGAGGUUCAUUAUCUGAGACAAUUUUAUUACUUAGCAAAAUAUGCUUAGAGAUUUUUGGGUGAUUUUUAAAAAUAUUUGAGAUCAGCUAUAUGGAAUGUUCUGUGAUUCUGUGAACAUUAAAACUAUCUCAAUAGUGCUUUUUGGAACAGCUAGGAAGCACAGUGGAUAGAGUGCCAGACAUGAAGUUAGGAAUCUUACUAAAUUCAAAUCUGGCCUCACACACUUACUAACUGUCACUUAAUCCUGUUUGCUUCAGUUUUUUCAUCUGUAAAAUGAGCUGGAGAAAUGACAAGUUGCUCCUAAAGUAUCUUUGAAAAAACAAACAAACAAACAAACAAACCAAAACAGCAAAAAACCCAAAAGGAGUUACAAAGUUGGACAUGACUUAAAUGAUUGAACAACAACAAUAAUACUGCUUACAGAACAACCCCCCCAAAUAGGUUUAAAAGAAUCUGCAUGGCACUCCCAGGAAAGUGGUGAGUGGCAUUAACUUGUCUUCCUGGUGUUAACUAUAUCCCUACAGAACUUUCAGUCCUUGUUUUUUCCCCAGCAGAAGGCUAAGCCAGUGCCAUCUAUGAACUUUUCAUUUCUCCAGAAUGCUGAUGAAAGGUCCCUUCUAUAAUUGUGCUCUCUUUUUACUAUUCUUUCCAAUAUGAAGAGUCAAAACAGCUCUCACUGUAUAAAUGGUAUAUAUGGUUUUGUAUCUCUCUCUCUCUCUCUCUUUUUAAAGAAACUUGUAUAUCUUUUGCUUUGUUAUUUCUUCAGAGAUGUUAAGUAAUAAGCAGUUUUAGCAUUUUCAUGUAGAGAAAAAAUAUAUGGUUCUAGGAUGUUGAAUGUUUGACA